AUGGAUUUCCAUAAAGCCCCGCCACCCCGUCCGCCAAGCCUGGCGGCCGCCCUGUCCAAGGCAAACGACGCGUACGAUUAUAUAUUCAUCGACAGCGGUAGCCCCGAUUCGUACCUGAGUGCAGACGUCGGCAGCAUCGGUAAUGAGACGUUUUUCAACGAGUCGACAAACGCGUUCGCCAACACCACCGACCUCGGGUUGGGACUGGCCGGGUUUAACGGUACCGCCGAGGAACCGCUGGCCGACGUGAUCGUGAUGGCGAUCACCUCGCUCGUACUUGGACUGAUGAUUUUAGUCACCGUGAUAGGAAACGUUUUCGUAAUAGCCGCCAUCAUUUUAGAGCGUAAUUUACAAAAUGUAGCUAAUUAUCUGGUCGCCUCGUUGGCCGUGGCGGAUCUGUUCGUGGCGUGCCUGGUGAUGCCGCUCGGUGCCGUGUACGAGAUAAGCCGCGGUUGGAUCCUCGGACCGGAGCUGUGUGAUAUAUGGACCUCGUGCGAUGUACUCUGCUGCACGGCCUCCAUCCUGCAUCUGGUUGCCAUAGCGACCGAUAGGUACUGGGCGGUGACCAACAUCGACUACAUCCACUCCCGGACCAGCCGGCGCGUCUUCACGAUGAUCUUCCUCGUCUGGUUCGCGUCCGUCAUCGUAUCGCUGGCGCCGCAGUUCGGCUGGAAGGAUCCCGAGUACCUACAACGAAUAGAGCAGAAGAAGUGCAUGGUCUCGCAGAACAUCUCGUACCAGGUGUUCGCCACGUGCUGCACGUUUUACGUUCCCCUCUUUGUUAUACUAGUGUUGUAUUGGAAAAUUUACCAAACCGCCCGACGGCGGAUCCACCGACGAGGGCCCAAACUGCCCGCAACGCCGAACAGCAGCAACCAGGAGGAAACACCAAAACCAAAGUCGAAGAUACGAUUUCACCUGAAGAAAAAGUUUGCCAAUCCCACCAAAUCGGCCGUUUCGUCACUUGGGUUGGUCGAGGGCAACUCGACUAAUACGGUCAACACGGUCGAGGACACGGAGGACAGUACGAACGCGGACCGGAAGGGUCUCGAGACGACGUUCAGCGGUGACGAGGGCAACAACGCGUCACAGAGCAACAACCACCAGAUACCGACGGUGUCGUACGAGGUGACCCAUGGGCAGUUGGCACAGCAAACUGGUCCAGCCAACGGUGGAGCCGGUUCGGAGUCGAACAACAACAACCCAAGCCGGGUGGUGGGUGUUGCAGAAAAGAGUAGCCCAAGUGGGAAUGGUGACACCCUGCCGGUGGUACCCAACCCCAACCAACACGCUUCAUCACCGCUGCUAUCCCAACCGGCCCAAGCCGAUCAACCACACAAUCCAACGCCAAAAGCUACCACCACCACUGGACCGGGUGGGCAUCUAACGGUGGCUUCAGCUGGAGCGAGCCUGCAAACGGGUUCCACCGGUGGUGGAUCAUCACUCAACAUCUCGAGCACACCGAACCCGCACGCGCAGGUGUCCAAACGCAAGGAAACGCUCGAGGCAAAGCGCGAACGAAAGGCGGCCAAAACGCUCGCCAUCAUCACGGGCGCGUUCGUCGUGUGUUGGUUGCCGUUUUUCUUGACUGCGCUGCUGCUGCCACUGUGUGAAAGCUGCUCGAUCAACGACACGGUCGCGUCGCUCUUUCUCUGGCUCGGUUACUUCAACUCGACGCUUAACCCCGUGAUAUACACCAUCUUUAGUCCCGAGUUUCGGCAGGCGUUCAAGCGGAUCCUGUUCGGCAGUCACCGGUCAACCAACUACCGGCGUGGCAAGCUGUAA